CCUGUAAGGGUUGCUACAACACCGCGCGUCGCUAGGAGACGGGGAGACGCGCGUUAAUGUUACGGAGCCCUGGACCGUGGCGAUUCUAGACAGAACGCAUAAAGACUGAUUGAUUGAGAGCAUCCCGUACGUAUAUAUGGCAGGGCCGCUUCUGUCUUCAAGUUCAACUUCAGUCAUGGCGAGAGAAAUACCAAGCGAGUUUGGACUCGACAUGGACAUGCGCGAUCCCAACAACAUCAACGAACAUACCAAGGUUCUGUUCGAAGACGUGUUUGCGGAACCUGAGGGCACGCACAGCGCGGACGGCGUCUGGCGCUGGUCCUUCAAGUGUUACAACGGGAGCAAGUCCUGCUGCUACAAGACGCUGACGUACAUCUGCGCCCUGCCCGUGGCCUGCUGCUGGGGCUGCGAGUUCGCCUGUCUCAGCUUCUGCCAGAUCUGGGCCAUGAUCCCCUGCAUCAAGACCUGCAACAUCACCCUGGCGUCCGUGAAACAGAUCUGGGGCUCGCUGGUGCACACCUGCCUGGAUCCGUGCAACGAGUCCUGUGCUCUCUGUCUCAGUAACAUCAAGAUCACACAGCAGACUGCAUAGAGACUAAAACGUAAUCUUGGGUAGUAUCUUGUAGCCUCCGUAGCAGGCUUAUAGAACGGGGGUUUUGGUGGUCUUCGGCUGUUUUCUGAGGGUAAUUCAACCAG